GCCAGACUGAGAGAGCAUUGUCAAGACGCUGCUGCCACUGGCGCUGGCUUGGAGGCGCUCUCUUCUUGUGAAUCAUCUGUGAAUGCCGCUCAGGUCCCUUCGGUGAUCAGCUUGGUUGCUCCAGCAAUGAGCAUGUUUUUCUAUCUCUGGUGGGCGCACGAGCUGCUUGCUGGCAGAGAUGCCCAUGACAGCUGAGAUUGAUCAAUGGGGCCAUCCAGCGUAUCACACUCCUAAUUGCAACCUGUUUUGGCGUAAACUUUACGAGAGGAAGUGCUGGCCAGUAGUGGUCAAAUGUGAGCUCUUGCAUGAAGCUCACCAUGUAAUUCACCUAUUUAGGGUGGUUUAGAGAUGGCAACCUCAUGGGGCGAUCAGACGGAUGAAGGGGGUUACACAGAUGAAGAGGAGGAAAAGAAGGAGGAAGGGGGUGGAGGAAACGCGCUGGGAGGGUUUAUGUUUGGGAACGUGGACCGCAACCUCCGCCUGGAAGAGAAUUAUCUUGACCAAGAUGCGAUUGACAAGCUGGGAGAGCUGGGCGCCAGGCUGGGUGGACGGCUCAACCUGCAGCGGCUCGUGUCUGAGAAUCACCGGGACGAGGAGGAUGAUGAUUACGACGUGAAAGCAGAGAACGCACGUGACUACGAGGACGAACAGGAGGUGAUUGACGACCCUGGCGCCUUACAACCCCCCCUGCCAAACUUUGUGCUGCCUCUUCCCCAGCAACCGGCCGCCCCCGGCGCAGAGGAAGAUGAUUAUGACGAUGAUGGGGGAGCAACGGAACUACCAGUUUUGCCGGGGCCAAUCAUAGCGGCAAACGUGGCUGCGCCAGAGGAAGAGGAUUACGAUGAGGAGGGGCGGGGACCCACCACAGAAAAGUGGCCGCAAGUACCCCCCCCGGAAGAAGAGGAUUACGACGAGGAGGGGACGGGGGAGAAGGAAGGUGUUGCGAAGAGCUCGGAAGGGCUUUCUGAGGGGAUUCCUAUGGAGGAGGACGAGGAGGCGUUAGAGGUUUCGGAGAGGCCGGCUGAGGCUGCGGGACCCCUAGAGCUUCCGGUGCUGUUCCAGAAGGCGGGCGGCGAGCCUGUGCUGCGGUUCUCGGAGAUCUUCAGCAAGCGGGUCGAGCGGUCAACGAAGCGGAAGAAGAAGGCGGUCAAGAAGCGGGUUCAGAUCCAGGUUAGCGCUGACCAUGAAGAGAGCGACGAUGACGAGGCGUGGUUUCGUGCGGAGCCACGAGCGGAACUGAGAAAGGAGCCAAGUGCUGACUUAGCGAGGCAGCCGAGCGGAGAGGGGUUUAAGAGUUUGAAGCAGCGGGGAAGCUUCAAUUGGCGAGCGCGCCGACCGGCCAAGAGCGACGAGAGUGAGGAAGAACGGGAGGCGUUUGAGCCAGAGCCGGACGAGGCGCGCUCCUCCGGAGAAGAGGGCCUCACAACCGAGGAGGACGAGCGCCGCCGCUCCGCCGCUGACAUCACCGAGGGGGGUGCUGACGUCGCCGUUCGCGAGCACGAUUUGCGGGCCCCAGAGGGAAUUUCGGCUGAGGGUCUGGGAGACGGUUUGUUGGAGGGAAGAGAACUGAUGGACAUUGAUGAUGAGAGGCGGGCCUCACACCUAGCGGCCAGCACGUCCGCUGACGUCAUCAUCCGACCGAGAGACGGCCGGGCGCCAAAGGGCCGCCGGCGGGGGGCCUUUGGAGGGAAUCAGCCAGUUCGUGCGGAGAACGGCGAGGUUUUGGAGAGUCUCAGGGCGUCGCUGCCAGAGGAAAACUUUGCACUGGUGCAUCAAGUUGACUGGGAGCGUAACAUCAUGUGGGAUGAUGGGCGGACAUCAGAGGCGAUGAGGGUGAGUCGGAAGAAGAAUCCGAGGGGGCAGGAAGAUGGUAGCUUUUACGCUGCGGAACAGAACGGGACGCAGUCGUUGCCAAACGGGGCGCUUUCGAAUGGGGCGAUGUCUGAAGAGGAGAGCGAGCUGACGUCAUCGAGUUUGGGAGGGGCAGGGAAGAACCUCACGGACCAGUCGGCGACUUUAGCGGAGGCGACCGAGGGCGAGUCCGUGCCGCCAGUGGUGCUCGAGAAGCUGACGAAAGAUGACGUCACUUUUGCGGAGGGUGACGUCAAUGGAGGCGCGCACCCGCAGAUGCUGCGCCUCGAGAAACGAGCGCCGGGCUCUGCGAGCGAGAGAGCUGUCUCGGCGCAGGAGCUGCUGAAGCGGAUGACGAGACUCGAGCUGGGGCCCGAGGACUGGUUAACCGAGGAGGGUUUGGACCUGAUCAAAGACGGUUUGGACAAACCCGCACUGCGGGCGAAACUCGUCCUGGAUCUUAACGACCCGGACAUGGUCUUCGAAGUGAGGGACGGGGAUAAGGAGGGUCUUAAGGUGAAAGCGCAUGCGGCAGCAAUUGUUCUGACGGCAAAUAGUAAGGAGAGGCCGCCGUCGGCGACGCUGGCAGGGGGGGAGAAUCAGCAGGCGGCGGCUGCCCCCCAUCCUGGUGCAGCGGUCCGGUUCAAUGUGUCAAACGACAGGUUUUACCAGACCACACAGGUCAAGAAGACCAAGGCCCGGCAGCGCGCCCAGGAGACCCGCGUCAAGAUCGUGCACUCCGUCCCCGCGCUCAAGCUCCAGACCAGCCGCCCAACUCCGCUGCUCAAGGAGAUGGCCAACUUCCACCGGCCGCGCGCGGUGUGGUUCCCCGUGUCCAAAGACCGCGCGUUCGAGCAGGAAAACGGCGACCGGGGGCAGAUCCGGCUGGUGGUGAAGUCGCUCGGGAACAUCGGAAAGAGCGUGACGGUGCGUGUCAAGGGGUCGGAGGCGCUGGAGGCGGUGCGGGGCAAGGUGAUGAGCAAGUGGAAAGACGUGAAGAAGGAAACCCUGCGCUUCCUCCACGCCGGCAAGGAGAUCACGGACGGCGCCCCGCUGACUGACCAGUCCCUGCGCCACGACUCCAUUGUGCACUUGAUCCGCACCAAGGUGCAUCCGCUGCUCAAGGCCAACAAGCUGCCCAAGUCCGAGCAGCCGUCCCGGCCCCCGGGGGCCUUCAAGAAAAAGGUCGACCUCACCGCAAAAGACGGGCACGUUCUCCUCAUGGAGUACGCCGAGGAGCGGCCCCCCCUCCUAAGCCUUCCCGGGAUGGGGGCCCGCCUCGCGACCUACUACCGCAAGCGCAGCUCUGCGGACGGGAACGCCGCGUCCCUCAAGUCGGGGGGUGGUUUCUUGGGCCAAAUCGUCCCCCUGGAACCCGCGGAGCCGACGCCGUUCCUGGGGCAGGUUCCGGAGGGGCAGUCGGUAACAAGUCUGGAGACGAGCCUGUACCGGGCGCCGGCGUUCCGGCACAAAGUCCCGACGACGGACUUUGUGCUAAUUCGGUCGAAUCACGGGAAGCUGAGCCUGCGCAAGGCUACGGGGCUGCACCUUGUCGGGCAGGAGGAGCCGUCGAAGGAGGUGAUGGUCCCCAACAGCAAGGCCGCGCUCAAGUACUCGGAGGCGCGUCUCCAGCUGCACGUCUUCCGCGAGUUCACGGCGCAGCUGCGCAAGAAGAAGGGCGGCGAGCACGCGGCGCUGCCGAUGCACGACCUCGCGCGCCAGUUUCCCGGGCAAGCGGAACAGACGCUGCGCAAAUGGCUGCGGCCGUUUGCGCAAUUCACGACGCUCGGGAUGCUGCGCAAGAAGCCCGGGUUUAUCAUUCCGCAGGAGGACGAGCUGCGGCGGAUGGUGGCGCCGGAACAGGUCUGCAUGUUCGAGGCCAUGAAAGCUGGCCAAGAGUACCUCCGCCGCGCGGGCAUCAGCGUCCUUACGACCCCCGGGGGGAUCCCCCUGGCGCUCGAGCAGAUAGCCAAAGAGGUCGACGCCCAAACCCGAGAACUCGCGGACUACAUCCACCGAGAGUUACAGCUAACCCCGUGGAACUUGACCGCGAGUUUCCUAACUGGGAUGGAGGGGCGGGGUCAGAUGGAACUAAGCGGGUUAGCGGACCCGAGCGGGCGGGGCCAGGGGUUUAGUUAUCUGCGGUUGCCGGCGAGGAAGGAGGAGGACGAGCUGGGGAAGAAAAAGAAGGCGCUGCUCAAAGAGAAGGAGGGGAAGCUCACAGGCACGGACGCGGAUUUGCGCCGGCUGAGCAUGGCCGCAUCGCGGCAGAUGCUGCUCAACUUCGGCGUGCGCGAGGCCGACAUCCCGAAGAACCGCUGGCGCCGCAUCGAGAUGGUGCGCAAGUUCAGCAGCGCGGCCGCGCUCGAGGGGCGCGCGGGCGCGACCGCCAACAAGUUUGCGCGCGGCAGCCGGCUGACGCUGAUGCAGCAGCAGGAGAUUUUUAUGAAGAAGGCGCAGGAGAUCUGGGACGCGCAGCUCAAGGCGUUGGCGGACGAGAAAGUCCCCGAGGAGGCUGGCAGCGACGGGGAGGGCAGCGAUAUGGACUCGUUCGCGAAGGAACUGGAGGCGGCGCUCGAGGAGGGCGACAAAGACGAGGAGGUCGCCAAGAAGAAGGACGGGUCCAAGGGGUUCGGGCGCGGACGCCAGGCGCUGCAGGCGCGGGUGCGGGAGGAGCAGCUGGAGGACGAAGAGGCCGAGGCAGAGGAGCUGCGCAAGAUGCUGCAAGAGGACGACGAGCAGGUGCAAGGGAACACCGAUACCGCAGAGGACAAGGGCGAGGUCGAACCGGAGCUGCCGGAACCGCCCGAAGCCCCCGCGCCCGCGCAGCAGUUGCCGAAAGUCGUGAAAGUCGUGCGGAUCCGAAAAGUGGACGGGAAGGAAGUCCGUGUGGAGGAGUUUCUGCGAGACCCUGAGAAGAUUGCCGAGUUCUAUCGGGAGAAGGAGAAGAAAGCGGCCGCGGCGGGGGGGUCGAAAGGCGGGGCGAAGGCGGCCCCCGGGCCGAAACCGGGGAUGAAGAAGAAGGUUCAGCGGACGGGGUUAGUGGAGGAGGAAGACGAAGCGAUGAUUAAGUCACGAAAGUCGCCGUUCAAGGGGGGCGUGAAGGGGAAGAAGUUCGGCAAAGGGGGGCUAAGUGUGCAGACGACAGGGCUGAAGCACAGGGGGGGCGAGGGAACGCCGACGCCGAAGACCGGGGGGAAGGGGACGGAUAGGGUAUGUCUCAAGUGCGGGCAAGUUGGGCAUAUGAGCACGAACCGUGCGUGUCCGAUGUAUAAUGCGGAUGGGGUAGAAGGGCCGUCGAGGCAGACGGUUUUGCUAGUGAAUGAAGCGGUGAGAGUUGAGGGGACGAAAGUUGCGAUCUCGCGAAAGAAGCCCCCCGGCGCGGGGGGUUCUUUCGGGGGGCUCACACCUAAGGUGGUCGACGCCCCCCGGAGGGCGCCGAGCACGCUCGUGUCGCUGAAACGGCCGCGGAAAACGGAAGAGGAGUCGACGGAAACGGAACCUAAGCCCAAGAAGCUCAAGGGGACGUUGAGCUUCGUGUGUCGUGCAGAGGGCGACGUUUCGGGGGGUCAGAAGCGGCCCGCGGAGAGGAGUCAGGCGUCCCCCCCGGAAAAAAAGCAGCGGCCGCAGCCGAAUCGGAAGCUGAACCGAGAGUUCUACAGGAUCUUGAAACGGCUGGAGGAAAAGUUGACGGAGUCGUAUCCGUUCCUCGACCCAGUGGAUGAGAAAUUGGUGCCUGAUUACUACGACAUUAUCACACGGCCGAUGUGCCUGACAGUGAUGAAGGAAAAGGCUCUCAAGGCGGCCGCGUACAAGUCGGUGGAGGAGCUCGUCGCGGACAUGGAGCUGAUCCGGGCGAACGCACAUACGUACAACUACGAGGGGAUCCCUCCGCAAGCGGACCGGCUCUUUGACGCCUUCAUGACGGCGGUCGAAGCGAAGAGGUCGAAUUUGGAGGCAAUCGCCAGGGAGAAGCCUGGGUUAGAUGAAACUUAGUCUGACCGCAAGCGAUGGCCGUCCCAGCCUGGGAAUGGAGUAUGCAAUCUGUGAAGAACGAUUCAAUGUGACAGCCACUGUGCUACGAGCAGUGCCCUCGCAUAGUAGUGGUGCAAAUUUGCCCUUGAAUUCCAACGCUCCACUAAACACACGUUUAAAGGUGCGUAAGAGUCGUUCAACAAAACGGGUAAUGCCAGGCUCUUGACGGCAACUAUAUGUGCAAUCCUCAUGUGGGGAUGAUGCACACACAUGACGUACUGAAGUACAUUAUGGCCAGCUUACAAUGACUUGCUAUUGGAAGCCAAAGCGGGCGCGAACAAAAAACAGACGUGUGCAGAACCAUCCGUUAGCUGCGCAUAUAAAGAGGGAGUUGUGAAUCAACAUGAUCGGAA